CCGCCUCGUUCUUCCAACCUACGUUUACGUCUUUCCAUCCUGACUAUAUCGGACAAGAACCAUAAGAUUGUCACUGACCUAUUCAAUCAUAUAACCAGAAUGCCUGUCCCCGCUCAACUGCGCACAAUAGCUCCAGAGAAAAUCAAGGCAGCCGUCUCUCCUAGCGCGAUCUCAGCGUUUACACAGACACGUCAUCGUCCGGGGGCUGGCUCUGCUAAUAAUAAACUUCAAGCCACAACAAGGCCUUCUACAAGAGCUUCUGCUCGCAUUGAAGAUGUCUCUUCCUAUGUUGUUGCUUUGCUUCAAGGCAAAGGUCAUGGAGUUGAAAUUGGUAUAGCUGCAAUAAGUUUAUUGACCGGUCAGACUGUCAUCACUCAAGUUGCUGACAAUGCCAGCUUUGAAAAAACUGUACAGCAGCUUUAUUCCCAUCCACCUAACACAAUCAUUGUUCCAGAUACCAUGUUAAAGAGUGGAGCUGCGGAAGCCAGUUACGGUGACCAGAGGGAUAUCAACGUAAAGGAGCACCUCAUGAGUAGGCUAGAAGACGAAUAUGAGAUUGAAUGUAUUGGUGUGGACCGCAGUCACUGGAAUCGAGAAACUGGCCGUGAUUUUGUCGAGGACUUGGCAGUUGAUGACGAGCUCAAAGCAUCUAUCCUUAUGGCUAUUGAAAACAAAUUCUAUGCCCUAUGUGCUCUUUCUGGAUUGUUCAGAUAUUUACAGGUAUGGAGGAACAUUGAAUUUCCGGAGCGCAGUCUGAGGAUGAAAUAUGUGGUCUCUGAAGGGACGAUGUUCAUUGAUAUUGAAACUGCCAAAAAUCUGGAGCUCGUGCGCAAUAAUCUCACAAAUAAGGCCACCCAUACGUUGUACUCUGUUUUGAACCAUUGUCAUACUCCUAUGGGUAUGCGACUUCUUAGGACAUGCAUACUCCAACCAAGCAAUGUUCUUAGUGAUAUAGAAGGAAGACUUGAUGCUGUUCAGGAACUUGUGACAGCGCAAGAGAAGCUCACAGUUUUGAGGUCAAAGUUGUCUGUUAUGUCUAAGAUGGAUUUGGAGUCCAUUGUUGCUCAGAUUUCACAUCAAAAUCUGUCACAAACAGAUGUGGCUAUGACUGAUCGCAGGAUAUCUCUGCUGCUCAACCUUGUGGACUACUUACAGAGCGUCAAAUCAAUCAAUGCUGAGCUUGCAGGAGGACACUGUAAAUUGCUUGGCAUGAUUGCUAGGCGCCUUUCCGAUAAACAACUUGGCAAGUUAUCCAGCAUUAUCAACAACUGUCUUUCCAGAGAUUCGACAACGUUGAGGAAAAAUGGAAAACACCAAAAUGCCAGAAUCGCUCGGUUGUUUGCUGUGAAAGCAGGUUUUGCACCUCUGCUGGAUGUUGCUAGACAGACCUACCAGGAGAAUCUUCAGGAUAUCUAUGACUUGGAAUUAGAAGUCAAUGGAAAAUAUGGCUUGAGCUGCCAAGUUGAGAGUGUGGGAGGUACAUUUCAAUUUAGCAUACCGUCAGGACAGCCUGAAAACUUGCUACCAUCUGAAUUUAUUGGUACUGAAAAGGCUAAGCACAAAAUUCGGUUCACAAGUCAAGAGCUUCUCAAACGGUGUGCGAAACUGUCCCAAUCUCAUCAAGAGGUUCUGUUGAUCAGUGGACAAACCAUCAAUGAUCUUAUCGCGCAAGUGAAGGGAAACUUGGGUGGACUAUAUCAUUGUGCUGAAGCUAUUGCAAGUCUUGACAUGAUCGCAAGCUUUGCCUUUAGUGCCUUCAACAGCAACUACAUUCGUCCAGAUUUCAAGGAUACUCUAGCGAUUCAUGGUGGCCGCCAUCCAAUUUUGGACAAUUUACUUGGUGCUGGUGAUUGUAUACCAAACAACGUUUAUGCUGCAAGAGGUUCUGCCACUUUUCAAAUCAUUCAAGGUCCUAAUAUGUCGGGCAAAAGCACUUAUCUAAAGCAGGUAGGGCUUUUGACUGUACAGGCUAUGAUUGGGUGCUUUGUACCUGCGGAAUAUGCAUGCUUUACAAUUCAUGAUGCUCUUUUGAGUCGUUUAUCAAAUGAUGAUUCAAUGGAGAAAUGUCUAUCAACCUUUGCCUCGGAAAUGGCUGCAUCAGCCAUGAUACUGGGACUCGCAAGUCCUAGGUCACUUGUUCUCAUAGAUGAAUUGGGGAGGGGCACUUCAAGUCUGGAAGGCAUGGGAUUAUCCUAUGCCAUAGCUGAAUCGCUCAUUAGGAGGCAAUCUUUCGUCUUUUUCGCAACUCAUUUCCAAGACCUUGCAGUAAUUCUUGGGAAUCUGUCUGGAGUUGUAAAACUACACCUAAAGGUCCAGCAUUGCAAUACAGAAACCCUUUCACCAACAGAAUUUGGCAGUACUUUUGCCUACAAAGUUGCUGAGGGUGCAGCUCCAAUGGUGCACUAUGGCCUCGAGAUAGCUAAACUAGCCGCCCUUCCUUCAACGGUUUUGCAAAGAGCAUCAGAGAUUGCAACUCAACUGAGUGAAUUGGAAGAACAGGGUAGGCGGUCCAACUUAGCCAACACUAGCAUGCGACGCCGAAAGAUACUGUGGGAGUUGAGGGCCAAACUGAAGCAGGUGCAAAGUAAUUCAAGGCUUGAUAAUGAGACAUUGGGAGAAUUUCUUCUGAAUCUUCAAGCUCAAUGUUAUCUGACUCUUCGUCAAUCCCUAGAGAUGGUUCAAACAACAACCAGUGGUAGUGAAACAGGGCAUUAACAAUCAGCUCAUCAAAAUCUAGUAAUCUGAUCCGAAUUGAUUCCGACAUUUUUUUAUGUGCUGCAUAGGAAACAGAUAAAUGUAAU